AUGAACGGCACCAUCCCAGAGAGUAUUGGGCAGCUUUCAGAGUUGGUUGUUAUGGAUUUUGGACAAACUGCUUGGAAGGGUACUAUAUCAGAGGGACAUUUCUCAAAUCUAACAAGGUUAGAAAAGUUGGAAAUAUCUUCAACAUCCCAGAAGAAGUCCUUGGCUUUUAGUUGGGGAAGCCAGUGGACUCCUCCUUUUAACCUCAAGUCUAUCAUCAUUGCGCACAACAGAGUAGGUCCCUCGUUUCCUGAGUGGCUUCAAACUCAAAGCAAUCUGACCACUCUGUUCCUUAAUGAUGUUGAGAUAUCAGGCGAACUCCCAGAUUGGUUUUGGAGUUGGUGUUCACUGCGCAUUGAUGACUUGGAUCUUGCAAAUAACAACAUAAGUGGCACAUUACCAAGAUCAUUACAUUUUCGUUACGAAACAAAUGUCUAUUUGAUUUCUAAUCAUUUUGAGGGUUUAAUUCCUGACAAUAUCAGUGAAACUAUGCCAAUGCUUAGGGAUUUAGAUCUCUCUCGUAACUUUCUCACUGGUGGCAUUCCCUCUUCCAUUGUUAAACUAAAGAAUUUGAUAUCCCUUGUUCUAUCUUACAAUAACUUGUCUGGAGAACUCCCUCAGGAUUGGAGUCAAUUGCAACAUUUGCAAGUUCUGGAUCUAGCAAAAAAUAAUCUGUCAGGUGAUAUUCCAAGCUCAAUGGAUGCUCUUCAUUCACUUCUAUUGCUAAUCUUAAGCAGCAACAGUUUUAAAGGAGAAAUUCCAUUAUCUUUGCAAAACUGUAGAGGACUAUGGAGCUUUGAUCUUGGGAAGAACAAAUUUUCAGGAAAGGUACCAACAUGGAUAGGAGACAAUAGCCCAUUACGAUGA